AUGACAUCUAUGAAAGAAGGCGCUACCACUGCCUUCUACUGCAUGUACGUAUCUCCCACAACAAAUGAACUUGUCCUCUCUAACUCAAAGUUUCCUAGAUUAUGGAUCUCUCUCAGUUCAGCUGUGAUCAUAUUCAAUAAAGCUCUUUUGAUCCAAGGAGCCUUCCCCACAGUUCUCACCUUCUGGCAUCUUUUCUUCUCAACAGUCGUCACCCAAAUCCUCGCAUACACGACGAAAUUAAUCGACCUCAACAAAUCAGCCGCUAUAGAUGGUCGCCUCUUCGUUUAUUCAAUAUUACCUAUCGGGCUGAGCUUCAGUUUAAAUCUCGUUCUCAAUAAUGCAGCUUAUACUUUCUUAAGCGUUUCGUUUAUUCAAAUGUUCAAGUCAAUUGGUCCCGUCAUCAUGCUCCUCGUAGGCGGCGCCUUCAGACUCUACCGAAUCAAUCUCUCCAUCUUCGCCACGAUCUGCGUCAUAUGUGCCGGCGUCUUCGUCUCCUCAUACGGAGAAAUGCAAUUCAACAUCCUCGGAAUAAUAAUCCAAUGUGCCGGCAUCGUCUGCGAAGCAAUCCGACUCGCUCUCUCCGAGGUUCUCCUUAGUCCAUCGGGGAUAAAGAUGGAUCCCCUGACAGCACUUUACCACUUCGCACCUGUGUGCAUGAUUUUCUGUCUUAUGGCUGCAGCGGCUGUUGAAGGUCCGAGGACUAUCUUCGAGAGUAUUGAAGUAUGGGGAGGGUGGAUCUUGUUUUGGAAUUGCAGUGUUGCGUUUAUGUUGAAUGCCUCUGCUAUUUUUCUUAUUAGGCACACGUCUUCCCUUACGUUGACGGUUUGUGGGAUUCCGAAGGCUGUACUUACUAUGGUUGUGUCGACGCAUUUUUGGGGGGAGACGAUUAAUUUGGUGCAGUUUGUUGGGUUUAUGAUUGCUAGUGCUGGCGUUAUUCAUUACUCGCAGUUGGAUAUAAGGAAAAGUCAGACAAGAGAUGUGGAUGAAGGGGAAGAGAAA